AUGAGGGAAGAGGGAGUUGUGAAAAGAGAACGUGUCGGGGGCAGUUGCAUUGAAGCUGACGGUGUGUUUGGAGGUGAUGCACUGGAGCAAGAAAAGAUCACGGAGGCGGAAACAGGUACCGCGCAAGGGGAGGGUCAGGCGCAAGGAAGACAAAGGAACCAGGAGCCGCAGCAGCAGCAGCAGGAGAAGCAGGAGGAGGAGGAGAAGCAAUCGGCACAGCUGUUGGCGGAGGUGGUAUCUGCAGAUAAGGAGAAGAACGCAGGGCACCAGGAGCACAAGGAGCAGCAGCUUCCUCCAGUGGUGGAGGUGGUAUCUGCAAAUAUUGAGAAGAACGCAGGGCGCCAGCAGCACCAGAAGGAGCACCAGGAGGAGCAGCAGGAGGAGCAGCAGGAGCAGCUUCCUUCCGUGGUUGAGCUGGUCUCUGCAGGAGAAUUACCCCAGCAGGGACAGCGUGUGGUGCUGCCAGUAGACGCAGUCGUGUGCGUUGAACAACCGCCGCCUGCUCUGGAGUCGACUGGAAAGUCGCCGCCUGCUCUGGAGUCGACUGGAAAGUCGCUGCCGGCAGAUGCUGUUGUGUGCAUUGAGCCGCCUGUUCGUGAUUCAACGCAGAUUGCACUGCCAGUCGAUGCAGUCCUGUGUGUUGAACAACCGCCGCCUGCUCUAGAAGGUUCAAUGCAAGAUCCGCUUCCCCUGGACGUAGUCGUGUGUGUUGAACCGCCUGCUCUCCCACGUGGACCGAUCUCCCCUGCUCUGCCCGUUGCACCGUCUCCUUUGGCAGUGCUGCCGGCCUACACACCUGCUGUGACGGUGGUAUCUGACGACGCUGAUUCGUCCCAGCAGACGCUGCUGCCGCCGGCUGCUGCUGUGGUGACAGUUGAUCCACCUGCUGUGUCGGUGGUAUCUGACGACGCAGCGUCCUCCGAACAGCCUCUUCUGCCGCUGCUUCCAGCAGUUGUUGAGGUGGUUUCGAGUGGGGCGGACGGUCCAGCCUCUGUUGCUGUGCUUGCAAGAGAGGCUCUGCUGACUGCCAGUGGGAUCGUCAGUGUUGUGCGCGCUGGCAGUGAGGAGAGGGCAUGCGAGGAGCAGGAAGAGGGGGCAGGCGGUGAGCUGGAGAAGGAGGGGAAGGAGGAGGAGAAGUCAGUGUCUGCUGCUGUGCUUCAUCCGGGGGAGGCUCUGCUGACUGCCAGUGGGAUCGUCAGUGUUGUGCACGCUGGCAGUGAGGAGAGGGCAUGCGAGGAGCAGGAAGAGGGGGCAGGCGGUGAGCUGGAGGAGGAGGGGAAGGAGGAGGAGAAGUCAGUGUCUGCUGCUGUGCUUCAUCCGGGGGAGGCUCUGCUGACUGCCAGUGGGAUCGUCAGUGUUGUGCGCGCUGGCAGUGAGGAGAGGAUAGGCGCGGAACAGAAAGAGCUGGAGAGGAGUAGGAAUGCAGAGCAUGCGAAGGCAGUGAGUAGAACGGUAGAGGAGGGGGAAAAGAUGCAGGAGAAACAGGAGGAUGAAAGUGAGCACAAAGGCGCGGUUUCUGAGGAGGAGAAGAAUGGAGAGGGGCAGGCGAAGCGGGCACAGGAGGAGCAGGCACUACCUGUGAAAGAGGGAGCCUCGGGCCGGGAGGAUGCUGAGGGGGAGAAGGAGAAGGAGAAGGAGAAGGAUAAGGAGAAGGAGAAGGAGAAAGAGCAAUUGAAGGAGGCGAAGGAGAAGGAGGGGAAGGAGAAGGGGAAGAAGACGAGGGGGGUAGAGGGUGGCGAUGGCAAGGGGGAGUUGUUGGAAUGUAGCAAGGGAGAGAAUGAGGCACUUGAGUUGACUCAAGCGGAUGGUAAGGAGGUGGAGGAGAAGGGUGGCGACGGGACGAGCGAUGAGGGAGUGGUGGUGGGGAAUAGGAAGGGUGGGGAAGAGAGGGAUGAGAAGAUUGUUGAGAGCAAAAGCAAGAGGGCAGCUGGGGGUGAUGGGAGUGGUGAGAAUGAAGACUUAGGUGAGAAGGACGAGAGAGGUGUACUAGAUGAGACUGCAAGCGAUGAGGUGAGGGAAUUAGGGAAAGAGGAGGGAGGAUUGGGGAAACAGGAUGUUACCAUUAAGGAUGCGGAAGGGAUGGAGGUAGAUGAGAAGAGGGGCGAGGAGAAGGGAGAGGAGAAGGGAGAGGAGAAGGGAGAGGAGAAGGGAGAGGAGAAGGGAGGGGAGAGUGGAGGGAGAGAGGAGGAGAUGGAGGAAGGGAAGGUGGAGAAGAGAGAGGAGGGAGGGAAGGAGAAGGGAGAGGAGCAAGAGAAUGAGGAGAAGGGAGUGGAGGGAGAGGAAGGAGGAAAGGAGGAGAAGAGUGGAGAGGGAGGGGAUUCGAUGGAAGGGAAUGCGGGUGUUGCUGAAGGAGAUGGUGUUGCGAGUGGCAAUGCCGAUGCCUCACAGAUAGUCCUUGGUGCUGAGGGGGACGAUGCAAUGAUGAUUGAUGAGAAGAGAGGAGAGCAGAGGCACGUGGCAGAAGGGAGUAGAGAGAGGGAAAGGCGAGAAGAUGCCGAGGAGGAAGGGAGCAAGAAGGGCGAAGGCGAGGGUGGUAGAGGGAGUCAGCAGCUGACUUUGGCUUCGACCGAAGAAGGGAAGGAGCCUGAAGGAGUGGGUUUAGCUGCAGCGAAGGAUAGCCCUAUAGUUCCCACUCCAACUGAUGCAGAUGCUCCUGCUGCUGCUGCUGCUGCUGCUGCUGCGGAUUCUCCUGCGGAAGCAGCAGCUGCAGCUGCAGCUUUUCCUGGUGCGGCAGGUCCAGCUACAGAGGGUGUGGGGGGGGUGGUUACAAAGAGGAACGAGGGGAGGAAGAUGUGGGAGUGGGAUGAGCGGAUGCAUGCAUGGGAUGGCAUCAUGCGCGCAUGGCAUGGACGCAUGGUGGCCUGGACUGGGGUCAUGGAUGCUUGGAGGGCGCACAGACGAGAGCAGAGGAGGAAGCAGAGACGGGAACAGAGGCGCACACAGAAGCAGAAGCAGAAGGAAGAGCACAAGGAAGAGCAGGCAGCAGAGGAGAUGGCAGAUGAAAAGGGGCGUGUUGCGGCUGCUGCUGGAGCCAGCAGCGAUACUUAUGUUUCUGGGGAUGAUAGUGACUCCAGUGGUAGUGACAGUAGCGAGGAUGAUACUACUGAGGUCUUGCAGCUCGGUGGUAUUGGCUAUGAGGGGAAUGCUGGCUACGAGGGGAAUGAGUUGUAUGAGCGCGCGCUGGUUGCUGCAGGAGGAGUGUAUGGGGCAGGUGAGGAGCAGAGAUUAGGGAGUGGGGGUGUGGGGAUGGGAGGGAUGGGGGGUGGAGAGGGUAGAGCAGGGAGCAGUGGUGGGAAGGGGUUGGGCAGGAGCAGGCGCAGGAGCAAAGGCAAGGGCAUGGAGGGGAGUCCAGGGAAGAAGACGAAAGAGGAUGCUGCAGCAGAUGCAUGGGAGCAACAGCAGGUGCAGCAGCAACACCUUCACCACUGCCAUAACCAGCAGCAGCAGGUGCAGGGUUACAUGGAAUACCAAGGGCAGGAGCCACAGAAUGGGGGCACAGCAGCAGCAGCAGCAGCGCAGGGCAGUGGGAGUCACAACUCGGGAGGCCACGGCCGUGGGGACGGGCACAGCAGUGGUGGGGGUGGAGGAGGGGGAGCAGGAGCGGGAGCAGCAACAGCAGGUGGGAAUCACGGCACCAGUGGACGCUCAUGGCAUUUCUCAGGGUACCCCGGCGUGUCUCGAAACGGGAGGAAAUGGUCAGCUAAGGUCUCUAUGAACUCCCAGCAGAGGGCCCGGUACGGGGUGUGCCAGAACAUGCACUGCGGGCAGUGGGAGAAGGUGGAGCAAGCAGCAGCCGCAGCCGAAGCAGCGUGUUUUGUUUUCAAGGGAGGGAAGGGGCGGACGUGGAAGUUUCUUACUGAGCAGCAGAGGGAGGUGCUUGGGGAAAUGGAUCCGGAUGAGGGGAUGUGGCUGAUCAAGGCGAAGAGGUGGAGGGAGUGGAAUGAAUGGCAGCCGAACAGGACUGGGUGGGUGAAGGGGAUGGGGUUGGCGGAGAGUGGGGAUGGGCAUGGGGUGGGGGGCGCGCAGCAGGAGGGGCAGGGGGAAGGGGAGGGGGGUGAGGGGCAUGGGAUGGGGCAGGAGGGGCGGGAGGGGCAGGAGGGGCAGGAGGGGCAGGGAGAGGGGGAGAGUCAGGAGGGUGAGCCGAUGCUGUUGGAGUGGCAUGAGGGGUGGGAGGGUAGGCAUGCGGAUGGGCAGAGGGAUGAGGAGGGAGAACAGGAGAGGGAGCAUGAGAGGGAGGAGAGGAAGAAGGAGAGGGAGAGAGAGAGGGAAAAGGAGAGGGAAAAAGAGAUGGAGAAGGAGAGGGAGAAGGAGAGGGAGAAGGAGAGUGAGCAGCAGAGGGAGAAGGAGAGGGAAAAGGAGGAACGCGAGCAGCUGAAGGGCAAGGAGCAAAGGCAGGACGGGUUGCGAGAGAAAGUGGAAGAAGAGGAAAAAGAACCUCGGGGGCUGAAACUGGAUCUGAAUGCUCAGCAGCCUCUGCACUUUUAUCAGGAGCCUCCUCCUCCCCCGUCUUUCCCUGCUCCGCCUCUUUCCGCUCCUCCUUUUCCUCCUCCAGUUGCUCCAUCACCCCUUGUUGCAGCACCACCCGCAUCCCACCCAGUGCUUUUCCCCCAAUCCGCGCUACAGCAGGCUGCAACCACGCUACAGCAGGGCACAUCCGCGCUACAGCAUCAGCAGCCAGUGGCGUCGAUUCGAGAGCUGUUGGCCAUGCCCCGUCCCUUCUCUGUUCCUCCCCCUCCUGCUGCUGUGGGUCAGCAUCAGGGCCAGCCAAGUCAGCAGCAGGAACAUAUGCUGAGUCAGCAAAGUCAACAAAGUCAACACCUGCAGCAGGGGCAGAGUUUCGUGCUCUCCCUCCCACCUGCGUCCAACCCACCACUGCACCCUCCUCCUCUGCACCCAUCUCUUCUCCCUCCCCCCCAGGCCUUCCUGCAACAGCAUGGGGGCACUCUAGGCCUCUUCCCUCCCAUUGCUCUUCCUGCCCAUCCCACCUCUCCUGCUGCUGCUUCUGGCACUGCCGGUGGAACCUCAGCAGACGUGCAAUCUACUACUCCUGCUACAGAAACCACCGCAGCAGCAGCAGCAGCAGCAGCAGCAGCAGCAGCAGCAGCAGCAGCAGCAGCAGCAGCAGCAGCCGCUUUGAACCCAGCGAAUCACGGGCCAAGACCAGCCUCAGGGUACCUUGGAGUGGUGAAGAGUGGUCGAAAGUGGGCAGUGCAGCUAUCGAUGAACAUGAAACAGCGAGCGAGCUACUCAGUAGGCCAUAUCCUCAACUGUGGGGUUUGGGAUGAUGUUGGGGAGGCUGCUAUUGCAGCAGAGGCCGCUUACCUGGUGCUGAAAGGGGAGAAGAUUGAGUUUAGGUUGCUCAGUGAGGAGCAGAAGAGGAGGCUGAGGCAGAUGGGUCCGGAUGAGGCAGUGAGGAUUAUUAAGGAGAGGAGGUGGAAGGUUUGGAGGGAUUGGAGGGCCGGGAAGGAGAGGGAUGGGACAGGGUGGUUUGUGGGGGAGGAGGGAGGGGAGGAGAGGGGGGAGGGAUGGAAGGUGGGGAUGGGAGAAGGGAGGGGAGAAAGGGGGCGGGAGGAGGAGGAGGAAGGGUGGGAGCGGCAGGAUGGGAUGGAGGAGGAGGAGGAGGGGCGAGGGAGAAGGAGAGGGAGUGGAAUGGAGGUUGCACCGCCGUUUACUCCUCUCUCCCUCCUCCCGCUCAGUCCCAUGCGCCAUCCCUCACAUCCCUCCUCUGCCCGCUCCUCUCCUCCCUCCUCCUCAGCUCCUUCUCACUCAGAGCACGCUUUUCCCGGCCCUGCACCAGCAGCAGCAGCAGCAGCAGCAGCAAGAGAAGACAGGGCCCUCCGGGAGGCGGUUACAGGAGGUGAGAAGCGGCACGGGCAGAAGCAGCAUGGUCAGAACGCGUUUGCAUCAUCCCUGUCUCUAUCCUUGAACGCUUCUCCCCCCAGCGACCAUGUACGAGGCUCUGGGAGGAUAGCAAAGAGGGAGGAGCAGGAGCAGGAGGAAGAGACCGGCAUGGCAGGCAUGGGUCAUGAAUAUCGCAGACACAGGGAGAAGCAGAGGGGGCACGAGAGCGGGCAUGGGAGGGGGCAUCACGAGCGGGAGCAGGAGCGGGAGCAUGAGCAGGAAAGCGAGCGUGAGUUCAAGAGGGCUCGGCACACGCAUAGUGACGAUGAUGCAGCUAGCAGAGAGAAUGAGUAUAGCGAUGCUGCUGUCACACAGCGUGAACGAGAACGAGCACAGCAUGGGAGGGAGGCGCACUACCCAGAGUCCUCGCAAGCUCUCGUUCUGAUUGGCUCUCCAGCGCACCGACAGAGCACACCGGAGCAGCACAGCUCAGCGCCCAGUCACCGCGAGUCAGCGCCGGGCCGUGCUGACUCGGCGCCAGCAGCCAAAAGCACACCUACAAGCGCAGACGAGAGGGACAUAGCAGAAGGAGAGGAGGGUGAAGCUGCUGGUGCUGGUGCUGGUGGUGGGGGUGGGGCCGGUGGGUCGAGCCAUGUCUCCUGGGCUUCUGGGUACUAUGGUGUGGCAAGAAACGGCCGAAAAUGGGCAGCGAAACUUUCGAUGAACGCUGACCAGAGGCAGAGGUACGCCGUAGGAAAGAGCAUCCACUGCGGGCAGUACGAGGAAGUUUUGGAGGCGGCGGCUGCGGCCGAAGCGGCGAAUUUCGUGUUCAAGGGCGGGAAGGGGCGGACGUUUAAGUUUCUGACAGAGCAGCAGAGGGAGGUGCUGGGGGAAAUGGAUCCGGAUGAAGCUAUGGUGAUGAUCAAGAAUAAGACUUGGAAGGAUUGGAAGGACUGGCGGCCAGGAGGGGUUGUGGUGGGAGGGGGAGGGGAGGGAGGGGGGAGCGGGGGAGGGGAAAGCGGGGGAGGGGCGGGAGUGGGGGAGGUGGCGGGAGGAGGGGGUGGGAUGGUGCCAGGGGUGGGGGAGAUGGGGAGUGGAGCAGGGGGGGGAGCACCAGGGGAAGUGGGAGUAGGGGGGGGCGGAGCAGGGGGUUUUGGAGAAGGUGCGGGAGCAGGUUCGGUAGUAGGAUCGGGAGUAGGAGGGGUGGGAGGAACACCCGCAGGGGGUUUUUCAAGUGGGUUUGUGCAUGGAAGGAUGGUGGUGGGUGGUGGGAUUCACGAGGAGAGAAUACAGCCUGGGAGUAUUCCCAUGCAGCCGGGAAGCAUUUCAAUGCAACCCGGAAAUGUCGCCAUGCAACCGGGUAGCAGUGGGAAUUUUCUUGCUUACCCACCACCAGGGGGAGGGGUUGUGACUGGUGCACAGGGUGCGCCUGCAGAGGGGUUGGAACGCCAGUCGCUCUGGGAUGGCAAUGGGAAUGGGCAGGUUAAUGUGCAUCAGGAGCAGCAGCACAAAGAAGGGGAGAGGAGACCGAGAAGAGAAGAGAAGAGGAGAGGGCUUGUGUGCUGGACAGGGAAUGAGAGACUCGGGAGGGAAAGGGGAGACGAGAGGGAAGGAGGGGGGAGAGAGGAGGAGAGGAAGGGAAGAGAGGGAGUGGUGGUGAAGAUGGAAAAGGGGGAGGAGGAGAAGGAGGAAUGGGAGAUUGGACAGACGGAGGAAAGGGAGAUUGGACAGACGGAGGAAAGGGAGAUUGGACAGACGGAGGAAAGGGAGAUUGGCCAGACGGAGGAAAGGGAGAUUGGACAGACGGAGGAAGGGGAGAUUGGACAGACGGAGGAAAGGGAGAUUGGACAGACGGAGGAAGGGGAGAUUGGACAGACGGAGGAAAGGGAGAUUGGACAGACGGAGGAAGGGGAGAUUGGACAGACGGAGGAAAGGGAGAUUGGACAGACGGAGGAAGGGGAGAUUGGACAGACGGAGGAAAGGGAGAUUGGACAGACGGAGGAAAGGGAGAUUGGACAGACGGAGGAAAGGGAGAUUGGACAGACGGAGGAAAGGGAGAUUGGACAGACGGAGGAAAGGGAGAUUGGACAGACGGAGGAAAGGGAGAUUGGACAGACGGAGGAAAGGGAGAUUGGACAGACGGAGGAAAGGGAGAUUGGACAGACGGAGGAAAGGGAGAUUGGACAGACGGAGGAAAGGGAGAUUGGACAGACGGAGGAAAGGGAGAUUGGACAGACGGAGGAAAGGGAGAUUGGACAGACGGAGGAAGGGGAGAUUGAAGAGGGGAAGGAGGGGGAGGAGAGGGAGGUUGGACAGGAGGAGGAAGAAGGGGAGGGUUGUAUGGAGGGAAACCGGCACGUGGGGGCAAGUGUGCUUGUGAAAAGGGAGGAAGAGGAGAAAGAAGAGGAGGAAGACGAGGAGGUGGUGGUAGUAGGAGAGUGGUAUGAGGAGGUUGAGAUGGGUGGGGAAGAGCAGAAGGAGGAAGAGGAGGAGGAGGAGGAGUUGGAAGGGGAGGGAGGCAAAGGGGAGGCGAUGAGAAGGGGAGCAGUAAGAAGGGAGGCGGUCGAAGGAGGAGAGGAGGAAGACAAAGAGGAGGCGAUGCGAAGAGAGGAGGGAGGGAGAGGAGGUGGAAAAGGAGAGCAGAGCGGCCAGCUGGUGGUGAUGAGGGCUGAGGAAGUAAGGAGUGGUCAGCAGAGGGGGCAUCAGAGCGGUCAGCUGGUGGUGUGUGUGAAGAAAGAGGAAGAGGAGGAGGUGAAGGAAGGAAGGGGGGGAGAGAUGGCACUGGUGGUGGUGCAUGAAGCAAAGGAGGAGGACGUGGAGGGAAGGGAGAAAAGGGAGGAAGGUGAGGGAGAGGAGGGCGAGGAGGAAGAGGGGGAAUGGAGGGAUGUAAAGGAGGAAAGACAGGUGCUAGUUCUGCUGGAUGGAGGGACAGGAGGGCUUGAGGAGAUACCCCAGGGCACAGAAUGGGGAGCAGGGUGGGAAGAAGCACCAUUUGCAUCGGCAUAUUCCAACUUGGAGCGAUGCUCCCGGUUCACACCGCCGCCAGCAAAGACUCCCAAGGCUUUUGAGUCGACUCAAAACUUUGCAGCGAUGCUCCCAAGGCUCCAAAUGAUUGAGUCGACUCAAAAUGUCUUCGAAGACAAUUUGGAGCGAUGCUCCCGGUUCACACCGCCGCCAGCAAAGGCUCCCAAGGCUUCGAAGGCCUUGAGUGGGAUGCAGCGAGCAACACAGAUUCGCACUCCAUCCCCCACCUUUCAUGAUGAUACCCCACCCUCCACCCUUCAUAAUACUCCAUCCUCCACCCCUAAUGGGAAUCUCACUCCUUCCCCCACCUCUCAUGAUGCCCCGCCUUCCGCCCCUGCAGCAAAGCCCUCCCGCUCGUCCGGAUACUUUGGAGUGGUUCGGGUCGGUUCCAAGUGGUCCGUGAACCUUUUUCUCAGCCAGGCUCAGCGCACAAAAUAUGGUAUCAGAGCAUCGGCUCUCAACUGCGGGUCUUGGGAGGAAGGGGAGCUUUUAGAAGCUGCAGCUGCAGCAGAGGCGGCUUAUCUGGUGCUUAAAGGGGAGAGGGGGAUUGAGUUUAAGGUGCUGAGGGAAGGGGAGAAGGAGAGGUUGAGGCGGAUGGGAUGGGAGGAGGCUGUGGGGAUGAUUCAGGGGAAAAUGUGGCGAUUGUGGCGGGAGUGGGGUGGGAAGGGGGCGGAAAGGGAGAAAGGGGAGAGGAGGAAGGGGGAAGGGAAUGGGAAGGGGGAGGGUGGGGAGGAGGAGUUGGGGGAGAAAAAGGAGGGGGAAAAGAGGAGGGAGAGGCAGCAAGAGAUGAGCCAUCAGCAUGAGAGGCAUGCUCUAGAGGAGACGCAUGAGAGGCAUGCUCUAGAGGAGAUGCCUGUGCAGGAGACUGUUUCAGUCACUUCUGAGAAUUCUCAAAAGGAGAUGCCAAGGGAAUUGUCUAGAGGUGUUUACCACGACAAGACUCCGGUAGUUACGAAGAAAAAGCAGGCGAAUCCGUCUGGUUACAUCGGAGUUACAAAGAACUACAGCGCGUGGGCCGUUCGUGUCCCGUUAAACUCACAGAAGAGCACCUUAUAUGGGGUAUGCAAGAAUAUUUACUGCGGGCAGUGGGACGAUCUAGAAGCGGCGGGAUCAGCAGCAGAAGCCGCUUAUUUUGUGCUUAUAGGGGAGAAAGAUAUACGAGAGAGGGGGAUUAAGCUGCGGCUUUUAACUGAGAGGCAGAAGGAGACACUUAGGCAGAUGGACCCGUUUGAAGCUGUGAGGAUGAUAAAAGAGAAGAAAUGGAAGGAGUGGAUGAAAUGGGUUCCAGAGGGAAUGGCGGGUGCUGUUGUAGGGUGCUCGGAUAGAGAAGGUGCUGCUGCAGGUAAGAGGCUUGUGGAAAAUACUGUCUCUCAGAAUGGGGUUGCAGGAGAAACGGAGCCCAUUUUCCCUCAUAGGCUUGUGCGUGAUAAAGAGGCAACUUCUGAGUCUCCUGGAAAGGCAUCUCAGCUUGUGGGUCGCAGGGAUGUGGAUUCGCGAAAGGCGACUUGUGGGCUGCAGAGGCUAAGUGGCGGCCAGGCAACUCCCCUGUUGCACUUGCAGCAGCGGCAGCAGCAGAACCAGCAGCAGCAGCAGCAGCAGCGCCAGCAGGGACAGAGACAAGAGCAAGAGAGGCAGCAGCAAGCCCGGCAUGAGGAUCAACUACAGCUGGCGCUGAUUACUGAUCAGCUAGACAGUGCUCCAGCACACCAGAAACAACAACAGCAGCAGCAGCAGCAGCAGCAGCAGCAGCAGCAGCAGCAGCAGCAGCAGCAGCAGCAGCAGCAGCAGCAGCAGCAGCAGCAGCAGCAGCAGCAGCAGCAGCAGCAGCAGCAGCAGCAGCAGCAGCAGCAGCAAGGGCAGCCUUUGCAAGGACCGCUUUCCUUGCCUUGCUCUUCUCGGCCCGGGGAUGCCAGUGGGGACAGGACGGACGUUCUGACAGGCCAUUACACAAUCCGCGAGGUCAGCAAAGUUAGUGACGAUGGCACCGGUAAUAGCGGCACAACUUGUGGCACAAGUAACGGUGACAGCAACGGUGAGAGCAAGUGGCAGGCUGUGUUGAAUUUCAGCGCGCACAAGAGCAUGCGCUUUCGCGUCCCGGAGCGGUUUGUUUGCGGGGAAUGGGACAGCUUUCGUGAGGCAGCAGCAGCAGCGGAGGCGGCGUGUCUGGCGAUCAAAGGAGACAAGAAGAUUGCGUUUCAGGUGCUGGGUGAAAGGGAGAGGGAGGGGUUGAGAGGGUUGAGUAGGAUUGGUGCGGUGUGGAUGAUACGGGAGGGGGAGUGGGGGAGGUGGAGGGAGUGGAGGUUGGUGUUGGAGGAAUUGAUGGGGGGGAAUGGGAGAAAGAGGGAGAGGGAACAGGAGGAAAGGGGGAUGGAGGUUGGGAGAGGGAAGAGGAGGCAUGCGGUAAGUGGAAAUGAGACUUUUGCGUGCAUGUCAUAG